UAACACCAAACAAAGAAAAACACAUUAUUCACUCAAACCUCUCUAUUUCACAAUGGCUAAUUAUAAGGUUUUGAAGCACAUUGCCAUAAUCUUCAUUCUCAUCUCAAUUUUCACACCUCAAGCUUUGUCAGUAGUGGAAGAUUGUGGAGCAGAAGAUGACAGCUCAUGUAUUAACAAAUCAAAAGCGUUAAGCUUAAAAAUCAUAGCCAUAGUCUCCAUCUUAAUCACAAGUAUGAUCGGAGUAUGUCUUCCACUGGUCACACGUUCAAUUCCGGCCCUAAGCCCGGAACGUAGCCUCUUUGUGAUCGUCAAGGCUUUUGCUGCCGGAAUUAUUCUAGCCACCGGUUUCAUGCACGUCUUGCCGGAUUCAUUCGACAUGUUGUCGUCCAGUUGCUUGAAAGAGAACCCGUGGCAUAAGUUUCCCUUCACUGGAUUUGUUGCCAUGUUGUCUGCUAUUUUUACUUUGGCUAUUGACUCCAUGGCUACCAGUUUGUAUAGCAAGAAAAACAAAGCUGGUGUAAUUCCAGAAAGUCAAAGUCAAGGUGGUGAUCAGGAAAUGGGAGCGGUAAAUGCUGGAAACCAUGUUCAUUCCCAUCAUCACCAUGGAUCAUUUUCGACUAAAGAUGGAGUUGAUGGCACGAAAUUACUGCGAUACAGAGUGAUUGCCAUGGUGUUAGAGCUGGGAAUCAUUGUGCACUCAAUAGUGAUAGGACUAUCUCUAGGUGCUUCAAACAAUACUUGCACAAUUAAAGGACUUGUCGCUGCACUUUGCUUUCAUCAAAUGUUUGAAGGAAUGGGACUUGGUGGUUGCAUUCUCCAGGCUGAGUACAAGUUGUUGAAGAAGGCAAUAAUGGCAUUCUUCUUCGCAGUAACAACUCCAUUCGGUAUAGCACUUGGGAUAGCACUUUCAAGCACUUACGAGGAGAACAGCCCUCGGGCAUUAAUAACCGUUGGAUUGCUCAAUGCGUCAUCUGCUGGCCUUCUGAUCUAUAUGGCUUUAGUAGAUCUUCUUGCUGCAGAUUUUAUGGGUGACAAGUUACAAGGCAGUAUUAAGCUACAGAUCAAGUCUUACAUGGCUGUUCUUCUUGGUGCCGGUGGCAUGUCUCUUAUGGCUAAAUGGGCCUAAGAUUUGUUUCCUUGAUUAUUUUAGGAAAUAAGUUUUUGUGUGAAUCCUCCCCCUUUUUUCCGUCCCUCCUUUCCUCCAAUUUUAAAUAUUGUAAUUUGGUAUCCUUUUCAAUUUCGUGACUCAUUGUGAGCUUCAAAAUAUUGUGUAAAAUAUGUCUUCUCUUUUAAUUUC